AUGGGACUCAUGCUUCAAGAGUUCAUAGAGGCACCGUCGGUGUACGCGUGCUUGAUCUGCAGGGCGCACAUUGCAAAACGAGAUGAUGUUAUCUCGCGCACGUUCCAGGGCCGCCUCGGGCGCGCUUACUUGACCGAGUCAGUGGUCAACGCGCGACUAGGUGAGGGCGAGGAUCGGCUGCUGAUGACCGGGAUGCACACGGUGUGCAAUCUGCACUGUCGCCUCUGCGACUCAGUCAUAGGCUGGAAGUACGUGCACGCCUUUGACAAGUCUCAGCAAUACAAGGAGGGCCGGUAUGUGCUGGAGCAAUCGCGAAUCUACUCAAUCGACCAGCCGGUGGAGGUGAGUGCCGACGUGGAUUUGCUGCAGCUAGCGAGCUGCGAGCUGGGUGCAGACGUUACCAGCUCGAUGAUGAUCUAG